CAGAGUCUCAGCCUCGCUGUUGCCGCCCAGAGACUGCUGAUCCCCGUCCGUCCGUCGCCACCUACUCCGGACACAGAACAUCCAGUCAUGGAUAAAAACGAGCUGGUACAGAAGGCCAAACUGGCUGAGCAGGCUGAGCGAUAUGAUGACAUGGCAGCCUGCAUGAAGUCUGUAACUGAGCAAGGAGCUGAAUUAUCCAAUGAGGAGAGGAAUCUUCUCUCAGUUGCUUAUAAAAAUGUUGUAGGAGCCCGUAGGUCAUCUUGGAAGGUCGUCUCCAGUAUUGAGCAAAAGACGGAAGGUGCUGAGAAAAAACAGCAGAUGGCUCGAGAAUACAGAGAGAAAAUAGAGACCGAGCUAAGAGAUAUCUGCAAUGAUGUACUGUCUCUUUUGGAAAAGUUCUUGAUCCCCAAUGCUUCACAAGCAGAGAGCAAAGUCUUCUACUUGAAAAUGAAAGGAGACUACUACCGCUACUUGGCUGAGGUUGCGGCUGGUGAUGACAAGAAAGGGAUUGUGGAUCAGUCACAGCAAGCAUACCAAGAAGCUUUUGAAAUCAGCAAAAAGGAAAUGCAACCAACACAUCCUAUCAGACUGGGUCUGGCCCUUAACUUCUCUGUGUUCUAUUAUGAGAUUCUGAACUCCCCUGAGAAAGCCUGCUCUCUUACAAAGACAGCAUUUGAUGAAGCCAUUGCUGAACUUGAUACAUUAAGUGAAGAGUCAUACAAAGACAGCACGCUAAUAAUGCAGUUACUGAGAGAUAAUUUGACAUUGUGGACAUCGGAUACCCAAGGAGACGAAGCUGAAGCAGGAGAAGGAGGGGAAAAUUAACCGGCCUUCCAACUUUUGUCUGCCUCAUUCUAAAAUUUACACAGUAGACCAUUUGUCAUCCAUGCUGUCCCACAAAUAGUUUUUUGUUUAUGAUUUAUGACAGGUUUAUGUUACUUCUGUUUGAAUUUCUAUAUUUCCCAUGUGGUUUUUAUGUUUAAUAUUAGGGGAGUAGAGCCAGUUAACAUUUAGGGAGUUAUCUGUUUUCAUCUUGAGGUGGCCAAUAUGGGGAUGUGGAAUUUUUAUACAAGUUAUAAAGGUUUGGCAUAGUACUUUUGGUACAUUGUGGCUUCACAAGGGCCAGUGUUAAAACUGCUUCCAUGUCUAAGCAAAGAAAACUGCCUGCAUAUUGGUAUGUCCUGGUGGGGAAUAAAAGGGAUAAUUGGUUCCAGUCACAGGUGGUGUUGUGGGUACUUCUUAGGUUUGGAGCACUUACAAAGCUGUAGUAGAAAUGGAUAUCCCAUGGAUAUUGCAUGUUAAACCAUGUGUUAUCUGUGGAAUACUCAGACGCAGUGUGCACACUGUUGACUGCAGCUACAGAAGUGUUCCUUUAGUUGUGACCCAAUUUACUCUGGAUAAGGGCAGAAACGGUUCACAUUCCAUUAUUUGUAAAGUUACCUGCUGUUUGCUUUCAUUAUUUUUGCUACACUCAUUUUAUUUGUAUUUAAAUGUUUUAGGCAACCUAAGAACAAAUGUACAAGUAAAGAUGCAGUAAAAAUGAAUUGCUUGAUAUUCAUUACUUCAUGUAUAUCAAGCACAGCAGUAAAACAAAAACCCAUGUAUUUAACUUUUUUUAGUUUUUUUUUUUGCUUUUGUGAUUUUUUUUUUUUUGAUACUUGCCUAACAUGCAUGUGCUGUAAAAAAUAGUUAACAGGGAAAUAACUUGAGAUGAUGGCUAGCUUUGUUUAAUGUCUUAUGAGAUUUUCAUGAACAAUCCAAGCAUAAUUGUUAAGAACACGUGUAUUAAGUUCAUGUAAGUGGAAUAAAAGUUUUAUGAAUGGA